AUGUCAAAUCUUUCAGGUAAAAAUAAUAUAGUUACUAAGGAGAAGGAAGAAGAACAAGAAGAAGAAUCUCAUAUUGAUGCUUCACCAACUACAAACUCUAGAUAUAUUACAUAUGAUGCUGAGGCUCGUGCUAAUAGGGUCAAUGCCACCAAGGAGAACAAAUUUAAAAAUAUGAUUACAAUCAUUGCUUCAGGAUUUGCUCUAAUUAGUGAUGGUUAUGUGAAUGGAUCUAUGAGUAUGUUAAAUAAAGUAUUCGCAAUGGAAUAUGGGACAAAAGUGAACUAUUCUUCUCAAGUGUCAACAAGAGUUUCUAAUGCUUCUUUGGUUGGUAUUAUUUUUGGUCAAUUCUUUAUGGGUAUUGCCGCAGAUUAUUACAGUAGAAGAUCAUGUAUCCUGGUUGCGACACUUAUUCUGGUAAUAGGUAGUGCUCUGUGUGCUGCAUCUCAUGGUACAACCGUCCCAGGUAUGUUUUGGAUGCUUACUGUUAUGAGAGGGUUAGUGGGUAUUGGUGUCGGGUCUGAAUACCCAACAAGUACAUUAAGUGCAAAUGAGUCAGCCAACGAAUACACUACUAAGAGAAGAGGAGGUAUCUUGGUCCUAGUUACUAACUUUCCUCUAGCUUUUGGUGGCCCAUUUUCAUCUAUUAUUUUCUUAAUUGUUUUCAAGAUUUGCAAAGGUACUAAACAUCUUGAAGCUUUAUGGAGGACUAUUUUUGCUCUAGGUUGCUUUUGGCCUUUGACAGUUUUCUAUUUUCGUUGGAAGACCGCCACCACUGAAAUAUAUGAGAAAGGUAGAAUUAAGAGAAAGAUUCCUUAUUUUUUAGCACUAAAAUUUUAUUGGAAAAGAUUACUAGGUACUUGUGGUACUUGGUUCAUGUACGAUUUUGUUACUUUCCCCAACGGUAUCUUUUCCUCUACAAUUAUUGGAUCCGUCAUAAAGGAUAAAAAUGAUUUAGAAAAGAUAGCAGAAUGGAAUCUAUUAUUAGGUGUCUUAUCAUGUCUUGGUGUCCCAAUCGGUGCUUAUCUUUCUGACCGUAUUGGUAGAAAAUAUACUCUAAUGAUUGGGUUUUCUGGUUAUAUAAUUUUUGGUUUAAUCAUUGGUUGUGCCUAUGAACAGAUAUCAAAGAUUACCCCAUUAUUCAUUAUCUUUUAUGCAUUAAUGAAUAUGCUAGGUAACGCAGGUCCUGGGGAUAUGCUUGGUGUUAUCAGUAGUGAAUCAUCAGCUACUGCGGUAAGAGGUGUCUUUUAUGGUAUUUCUGCUGUUACAGGGAAAAUUGGUUCAGUUGUUGGUGUAGAAUGUUUCCAACCAAUCAGAAAUCAUCUAGGAGCAAGAUGGACAUUUAUUAUUGCAGCAAUAUGUGGUUUAUUAGGUGUAUUGAUCACUUUUUUCUUAGUGCCUCAUUCUCUGGAGAGUGAUUUAAUGAAACAAGAUGUGGAGUUUCAUAAUUACUUAGUAGCUCAGGGCUGGACAGGUAAGAUGGGUUUUGAUGAGGAUAUGGAAACAAGUGAAGAUGAACCUUUAGAAUGUAAUGUUGAAUGGGAGGCCGAUACAAAGAAAAACGGCGAAGUAGUCACCGUGAGACAAAUAGACCCUUAG